CGUGAGGAUGUCUACUCGUAUGAAUACGAAGACGGCCCAGGUCCCGAUUACAAAGAUCUCGCCUUUGAUCUCAAAUGUGGGUCCAAAAGCCCCUGGAAUAAUAAAGUCAUUGGCUUGCUGCUUGAAGAAUUGCGGAGAAGGGGUGACCAAGAGAGCUGGCCAUUCCGAAGGUCAGAGGCGUAUAUGAGGGAAGUUCUUCAAGAUUGUUACAAACGCCUGCAUACGGUGUGGACAGCUACACAACCCAAGGUUACCGCAAAGGGUGGAUUGGAGACUCUUGCAGAGGUGGAGCAGAGGCUGAUCUCUAAGAAAGACAAGACAUUGAAAGCGACUCGUCAAACAACACGUCGGAAAAAUGUAUUCAAGGUUCUUGACCAUCUUGUUAAGUACAAGACUGAUGAGAAUGAGGAAGACCUCCCAGCCUGGCAGUGGCUUCAGCAACUAGUUGGGACGUUGGGAGAAGACAGCAUGAGUUCAGAGGAGAGCGACGUGGAAAAUGAUAUUGAAAUGGUUCUUCGUGUCAAGAACAUGACUUGGCGCCGUGCGAUCGAAUGGGAAUUGGAUAUUAUUGAUCACCAAAGGAUCAUGGAUGAUGAUAUCUUC